AUGUCUCACAGUAAACGCAACACUUCCCGUGCGGUCUUCACCUCUCAUGAGCGGGAGAUGGCAAAAUCAGCCUGGACAUCCAGUAGUGCUCGUCUGUCUCGAGACUCCUUUUUGCCAUUUGCUUCGUGUCGCUUAUGUCUUUUGCCUGCGCGUACACCUGUAUCGUGUAGUCAUGGCGAUAUAUUUUGUCGCGAGUGUGCGUUGAGCAACAUUUUGGCACAGAAAAAGGAGAUCAAGAGAUUAGAGAAGACUAAGGAGAAAGAUGAUCAGGAUAGGAAUGAAGAUCGUAUGAAAGAAGACGAUGAGGCAAGAGAGAGGGCCGUGGAGGUGUUUGAGAGAGUGCAAAUGGGGUUGGAGGGAAAGACUGGGGGUAAAGGUGGCAAGAUUGUAGGAAGAGAGGGGGGAAAGAUUUUGGUAGAGGAAGAGGUAAAUGGCGAAGGUGGAAAGAGGGGAGAGAAGAGGAAAUUCGAGUUGGACGAAGAUGAACUUUUGAGAAUUGCGCAGAAUGAGAGGUCAAAAGCGAGGAAAGCUAUUGACGAUGAAAAGGCUUCUAAAACAACUUUGCCCAGUUUUUGGGUUCCUUCUGUCACACCAUCUUCAAAUACAAACACCACUCUCCACAACAUUGUCAAAAAAUCCAAACAAUCGCCAGUUUGCCCCGCCUCACAGCAAGAUAAACCCCACAAUUACUCACUCCACACCUUAAUCACGGUUGCAUUCACAGAAGAAACCGACAGUACCACCAAAAAAUCGCAAAGAAUAUGCCCUUCAUGCAAGAAGCAGCUAACCAACACGUCCAAAGCCGUACUUGCCAAGCCCUGCGGUCAUGUACUUUGCAAAUCAUGCGUCACGAAAUUUAUGACUCCAAGCGGGAUUCGCGAUCCGCACGCAGAGGUUGAAACAGACCAGAAUGCCGUAGCAUGUUAUGUUUGCGACGCAGACUUAACAGAGCGGAAUGAUAUGAAGGAGAAGGCGAAGAAGGGAGACAAGGAAAAGAUUAAGCCGGGAUUAGUGGAUAUCAAGAGUGAAGGAACGGGAUUCGCUAGCGCGGGAGGUAAUAAAGUAGUAAGGGAGGAUGUCGCUUUCCAAUGCUAG